GCAUUUCAUCGUUUGAAUGAUCAAAGUCGAGUGAUUUAAUUAAGUGUUAAUUCAUUUGCAGACACAUUGUCACAUAAAUACAUAUUAUAAUUAACUAUUAAACAAUUAUCAACAUUGCUGUGAGUAGUUUUUAUAUUGCAAGAAGAAAAGUGACAUGAAAUAAUUUUUAUUUUGAUAACAAAAAAGUUAAUAUCAAUAAUAAAUUAGUCAAAAAAUGAUGAGUAAAAUAAAGAAAAUAUUACGGUGUUUCAUUGUUCAAUUGCAUUGUUUGUUUGACUGUUUUAUUGACUUUAUAUUUGGAAUUUAUUACGAUGGAAAAGAAGUUAAAAUUCCACCUGUUAGUAAUCCAAUUGUCUUGGAAAGUGCAGUUGAAUUGGCUGAAAAAAUAAGGAAUAAAAAAUUAUCUUGUGUCACGGUUGUUAGUGCAUUUAUUGAAAGAUGCAAAGAAGUCAAUAAAAUAACAAAUAGUAUUGUUGAAGAGCGUUAUGAUGAUGCAAUUGAAGAAGCAAAAAAAUAUGAUAAUCUUAUUGCAUCUGGUGUUGACAUGAAUUUAUUAAAAACAACAAAACCAUUUUUGGGAAUUCCAUUUACAACAAAAGAAAGCAAUGAAGCCAAAGGAAUGUUACAUUCAUUGGGAAUGUUGUCGAGAAAAAAUUACAGAUCAACAGAAGAUGCAACUGUAAUUGCAAGUGUCAAAGAAUCUGGUGCCAUAUUAAUUGGCAAGACAAACAUGCCAGAAUUAAAUUUAUGGGUUGAGUCAAGAAAUCUUGUUUAUGGACAAACAAAUAAUCCAUACAAUACAACAAGAAGUGUUGGUGGAUCAAGUGGUGGUGAUGCUGCAAUAACAGCAUCUUGUGGUGUUCCAUUUUCUUUGGGAACUGAUCUUGGUGGAUCAAUUCGUAUGCCAGCAUUUUACAAUGGAGUAUUUGGAUUAAAACCAAGUGAAAAAGCAACAGCGUUAAAGGGAGUUUUAAUGAGAAGUAAAGAUUUUUCAAGCACCAUGGCAGAAGCUGGACCAAUUUGUAAGCAUGCUGAUGAUUUAUUGCCUCUGUUAAAAGUCAUGAUAUGUGAUGAUACAUUGAGAGAUAAAUUAGAUACACCAGUUGAUGUGACAAAACUUAAAAUUUAUUAUCAAAAAAAUUCUGGUGAAUUGCGAACGAGUAAAAUUAAUUUAGAGUUGAGAAAAACAUUGUAUAAAGUUGUUAAGCAUUUAAAAAAAAUAACAGGCUCAGCUGAAAAAAUUAAAUUACCAGGUUCAGAGUACAGCUACAGUUUGUGGAGAUACUGGAUGAGCCAAGAGGGUGAUGAUUUCAAAUUAAAUAUUACAAAUAAAAAAUCAACAACAAGUGCAACAUCAGAGUUGAUAAAAUUAUUAACAAAUAGAUCAGAAAUUACUCUUGCAGCUUUGAUGAAUAUUGUUGAUGAAGAUUAUUUUCCAAAAGAAGAUGCCAAAUGGGCUGAAGCUGUUACUGAUGAGAUGAAAAAGUUUUUGCUUAAAAAACUUGGUGAUAAUGGAGUUUUAAUUUAUCCUUCAUCACCUCAUCCAGCUAGUUAUCAUUACUCGUAUUUUUUGAGACCUUAUAAUUUUAGUUACUGGUGUCUUUUCAAUGCUCUCAGAUUACCAGUUUGUCAAGUACCACUUGGUCUCGACAGCGAAGGUCUGCCAGUUGGUGUUCAGGUUGUUGCUGCACCUCAUAAAGAUUAUCUUUGUGCUGCAGUUGCUAAAGAACUGGAAAAAACAUUUGGUGGAUGGGUACCACCAUCAUAAAUUUAUUUAAAAUUAUUCAAGAAAAUUUGUGUAUUGAUUUUAUAAAAAUAAAAAUCCAAUAAUAAAUUAAU